GAAGGGGAGGGGGAGGUAUUGGUUUGGGUUUUGUCAUUGUACUGAUACUGCAGCCUCACAUAACGAGGGGGCUGCUGUUAUUUAGGAAAAGGGAAAUCCUUUAAAUCCUCUCUAGGCUUCUCAUCCACUUGCCUCUAAGGGAACAGGGAAGCUGCAGAUAUUUUAUAUGGAGAAAGAAGACGGACCCUUUGCUUCAAGGACGGGAUGACAGAAAGGAGGGUCACAGAGGCCUAAGAAAAAUCCCACAAGGAAGGAAAUCCGAAAAGUAGAAUCGCAUUUUGUGCAGAAGGUCUCAGCUGAUGAAAUUGCCCGACUGCGAGAUUAUCAUAAUUACUGGUCCCUUGGGGUAGGUGUACGGCUCAUUUCCAUGCAUUCCCAGUAUCUUCCCAUUCUGCAACAUCCCACAGGGAUUCUCUAAGGACAGAAGACGUUGGUAAUUGUGAUAAACUAGAUCAGCACAGAGGAGAGGGACAGUCCCUGAAUUCUAAUGAAAAGAGAGAGAAGAGACAGCCCAGUCUAUAGUGGAUCGUUCCCUUUUCUGUUUCUAAGGCCUGAUAUUAAAGUCCCGGCUUCGUAGCCCAGGAGACCAUCCCAGAUCUUGCUCCCAGAAUCCUGCUGGUUGGUUCCUACGUUGUAGCCUUAAAAUGCAAUUUCAGGACAUACAGGUUUGGCAGUGCAAAAGACUGAAGACUGUGUUUGCCUGAACUUCAUCUCUCAACGGUACAAAAGUGCGGUUAAUUUCUGACAUUUACUGGGAUCUUGACCAUAACCGUUUCUUUAUUACCAGUAAAACCUCGUAUUUCCGACAACAUUACGUGCUGGUCGUUGACCCUUGAAAGCCAUCGUGGUACCUGAUUACUGCCAUUAUUAUUUUUAGUCCCACCAAAUAUUUUUUUAUGAUUUAUGUCUUAAAGCAUCUGCCAUUAAUUUUGGAAAUAUUCCCUAGAAUUUUUUUUUACAUUUGGUUCAGUUAUAUACCAACACUACAAGGAAAGGAAAUAUCAAACUAAGAGGAGAAAGGAGGGAAAAUUCCAGAGGUUGGUACUUGUGAGCAUGUUAAAUACCAUCUCCUGCUGAGACCUUUGUGUCAGCCUUCCUUACUGGCACAAUGGCCAAGCCUGGUUCAUCGAGUAUCUACUUGGAGUUAACUUUUUAGUCCAUCCCAGACUGCUGCCAUCACCCUCUGUUGCCUGUUACUGAACUAUAACUUUUUGCUGCCAUCAACUGCACAGAGAUGGAAACCAAGCUCCCUAUCACCCCAACUAGUCCAUCCUCCCCAGGACUGUCCCCUGUUCUGGCUGCAGAUAAAGUGGACGGUUUCUCUCGACGCUCCCUCCGCCGAUCCCGCCAACGUCGCUCACACAGCUCCUCCCAGUUCCGCUACCAGAGCAAACAGCAGGAGCUGACGCCUUUGCCCCCUCUCAAAGAUGCCCCCGUCUCCGAGCUUCACGACUUGUUCUGUAAGAAACUGCAGCAGUGCUCUGUUAUCUUCCAGUUUAUGGACUGCGUGGCUGAUCUCAAAGGCAAAGAGAUCAAAAGGGCAGCACUGAAUGAGUUGGUAGAGUGCGUCGCAACAAACAGGGGAGUUCUAAUAGAGCCCGUCUACCCUGAGGUCAUUAAGAUGAUAUCAGUGAAUAUAUUUCGGACAAUGCCACCUAUUGAUAACCCAGAGUUUGACCCUGAAGAAGAUGAGCCAAAUUUUGAGCCCUCGUGGCCCCAUUUACAGUUGGUGUAUGAAUUCUUUCUUCGGUUCCUGGAGAGUCAAGACUUUCAGCCUUCUUUGGCCAAGAGAUAUGUGGACCAGAAGUUUGUCCUCAUGCUCCUAGAGCUUUUUGACAGUGAAGACCCAAGAGAGAGGGAAUAUCUGAAAACCAUCCUACACCGUGUAUAUGGGAAAUUCCUCGGUCUCCGAGCUUAUAUCAGGAAACAGUGCAACAACAUCUUCCUCAGAUUCAUCUAUGAGACAGAGCGGUUCAACGGGGUGGCUGAGCUACUGGAAAUUCUAGGCAGUAUAAUCAAUGGGUUCGCUUUACCUCUGAAGUCUGAGCACAAACAGUUUCUCGUGCGGGUUUUGAUACCUUUGCACUCUGUAAAAUCCCUCUCCGUAUUUCAUGCUCAGCUUGCCUAUUGUGCUGUGCAGUUCCUGGAAAAAGAUUCUUCAUUAACAGAACAUGUUAUUCGAGGUUUGUUAAAAUACUGGCCAAAAACCUGCACUCAGAAAGAGGUGAUGUUCCUGGGAGAACUGGAGGAGAUCCUAGAUGUGAUCGAACCCUCUCAGUUUGUGAAGAUCCAGGAACCUCUCUUCAAGCAGAUUGCCCGCUGUGUCUCCAGCCCACAUUUCCAGGUCGCAGAGAGAGCCCUUUAUUUUUGGAAUAAUGAAUACAUCCUUAGCCUCAUAGAAGAGAAUUGUCACACCGUACUUCCCUUGAUAUUCGGAACCCUCUACCAGGUCUCCAAAGAGCACUGGAACCAGACAAUUGUCUCCCUGAUUUAUAACGUUCUCAAGACUUUUAUGGAGAUGAAUGGAAAACUGUUUGAUGAGCUUACGGCAUCUUAUAAGCUUGACAGACAACAGGAGUUGAAGCGUGAGAAGGAGCGCCAAGAGCUGUGGAGAAAGUUGGAUGAACUCCGUCUCAAGAAAAUGAAUGGUCUUGAGGAGGCACAGAUGAACCAGCUCAAUUUACAGCACAGCCGGGCCAGUAAAAGUUAGGAGGUCUCCCACUACUUCCCACCAAUCUAAACCAACAGAAGAUCAAUCCAGCCAGUUCACAACUCCCUCCUUCCCAUUAUGUUCACAAUCACUGUUAGCAUCCCUCUAUAUUUCCCACAAACAGGGGAGAACCAAAGUUUCGUGAUUACGUGGCCAGCGUCAAAGCCUGUGGAAACAACAACAUAUUGGAAGGUGCUUUUGGCUUUUAACAGUUGUCUUUUUCUGUUACUGAUAGUUGUAAAUGAUGCAAAUCACACUAUAUCAGCAACAGCAAAUUCUUCUGGCAAAUGCCACGGGGCACCUACGAAGCAGAAGGUCCUGGGAAGAACUUUUCUAUGUUAUCAAAGUUGGCCAUUUCCAAUACAAAAGCAAAGGCUUCUGGGGAAAGUCACUAAAAACACAAUCACUUCCUGCCCAGUGGCAAUGGGGGCUUCUGGGAAGUUCCCUGCAGGUCUGAAUCCCCUUUGUUUUAGAAAGGCUUCUGGGUAAGCCUGUCACCAAGUCAUGUCUCCUGUGUCACAUAAAAGCAAUGGCUUCUGGGAAUGCCUCUUCAACAAUCAGCACUGGUCACUUCCUGUUAAAAACAGAGGCUUCUGGAAAGGCCUGUGUCUCCUGUCUAUCUCUUUCUGUACGUGGGAAUGGAGGCUUCUGGGAAAGUCUCUCAACCAAACAUUUUAAUCCCGUCAACAAGAGCAGAAGCUUCUGAGAAGCCCACUGUAUCAUUGUCUACACCUAUCAAUAAGCUUACACGUCAGGGACACAAACUUUAGCAAAUCUUACUCUGGAGAUCUAUCACCAUGCUGGAUUCAUGGGAGGAAAGGCUUCUGGGUAGCCGGACCUAUCCGUCCCCCACAUCCAUAGGUUGGUUUUUCAGUGGUCACCGAAAUCUAAAAGCAGAGGAUUUAGACGAAUGUGUCACCGUGUUACAUCUUUUGCAAGAAGGCGUUCUCUUUGCUUAGUAAUAGAGUGUUUUGUGAAGUCAUGGCAGCAGUCAACAUGCCGUAAUGUCGCAUACAAGAUGUCUACACCACUUAUCCAUGUUUCAGCUAUUUUGAUGCUUGUUUUACGUGUUAGUGUACAUCAUGUCAGAGCAGGGCCCCCCAAGGGCCUGAGACUUCUAAAUGGCUUUUUGCACCUACAUUUAGAUAAUACUGGAUUAAAAUAGACAUUAAAGCCAAUAAAUUACAUUCAAUGUCAUGGUGCAUGGAAAAAAUAUAACCACUGUGGAAGUUCAGAAGGAAAAUGAUUCAUGGUUUAAUAUCCUUUAUAUGACUAUAUCCAAAACAGUGUGCUUGAUAAGGUUUCGGCUGCUACAACCCUUCACGCUAGAGAUUCCCAGGAACAUUAUUUAUAUUGGUUACAACGAUUUCAUUUCUCCAGCUGCAAGUGCUUCUGGGAAGAUCCUUCCAACAACCUUCUUCUCAGAUGAUCUUUGGGGCCAAUAGCAAGAUCGCAACAUCUUGGGAAAAAAAGUACAUAGAAUUGGGCUCUGAAUUGGAAAAGCUUCUGGGAAGCAUUGUGAUGCCAUUUUCUACCAGGGUAGGAGAAAUGUGGAUGGCAAAAUGCUGUAAAAGCGUCCGUCUUGGGACUGUGAUGAUCUGUAACCUCCUUCUGUUUCCAAGACUUAAGCUUUGUGAACAACUUCCUUUAACUUUUGUUGCUAAUGUCUGUCUAUAGCAUCAAGAUGAAGUAUUUUGGGUAUAGACAAUGAUUCUGGUAUGGUGCCCACUAUCAAUAUGGCAAGAAGAUCAGGGAAGACGUGUUAUGCUUACAGCCCAAGACAAGAACACUGUGGCAAACUGGGAAGGGGAGGGGAUGGGGUACAGAACUAAUAUUUACGUUUACCAACCCAGUAAGCCAUUUAGCUGCUACCUGUUACCUAGAAUCUUAAUUAUUGUUGCAAUAAGCUGUAAACAGGGGUUCUUCAGUAGUAUAGCAUCUUGGAACUGAGUUGAAAGUAGGUUGACCAGUAGGACUUUCAUAGAAAGUGUUUACAUUUCACGAUAAAUUGCGAGUUUGAGAACUUCACAUCUCAAGCCUAAGCUAUAGGCAAUGUCUGUUGGGCGAAGGCCAUAAUGGUGGCAUUUUAAUAUUUUAGAUGCCCACAGUUAGGUUAGUUUGGAGCAUCAUUUCAGAGCAACGAGGGUUAAUGCUUUGAAUGGCAAAGGCAACGUUUGUAGACCGUGGAAGUUUAUUCCAUGAAAGUAGGCUAGCACUUUUAGAAAAAGGAUUUUACGAAGGCAUACUUCUAACGCAUUUCUGACAUUCCAUUGUGACUUAAAGAAGGUUAUGCAAAACCUUACUUGACCUGGUAGAUACUUUGAACAAUGUUGAGCUCUCAUACCUUGCAAAAAAAGUUAGGGCUAAUUAUAUAUUGACAGUCUAGCAACUGCCUGCCCAUUAUACUGUAUAGGAGGAGUUGCCCAUUUCUCUCCUCUUGCUCCCUUAUUGACUAGUUCAUUUUAUUUCGGUCAGGGAAGUCUCUGUCUCUGCCCCCUUUCUCCAGGUAUCUUUGUAAGGGAAAUCACCAUUCCUCUUUCUAAAGGCAUCAGCUAUAACCAGAGUUUUCUCUCAGAAUAUAUAACGAGCAGCUUUUCCUUUUGAUUUUAUUUUUUUAAACGAUUAUUUAUGGUAUUAUUUAUUUCAUAUUUAAAAUGGUCAACGUUUGAUCUGUUGAAUUCACUGGGAGGGGAGGGGCGAAGACAAUAUUUAACUUAUUCACUGUCAAAUUAAAUGCUGGGUCUUAAAACAAGAA